UUAGAAACAAUGUUAAGCAAGGGACCCCGCUGGCGCGAGGCUGGCGCUGCUACAUACCGGGAACCUUAGGACACGGAGUGCCGCUUAACAAGAGACUGGCUAAUGCUUGUCGAUUUUAUAUUCAUUAGUUGGCUCUCGGUCUUUUUCACUAUCCCCAUGGCCAGCAUACUUUCAAAAUGGAUUGAUCUAACCUGGUUUCUAGCCUGGUUGCUUGUGGAGUGUGUCUGUCCCCUGCCCUGCAAUUUCAAUACUCUCACACGUUCUAUACCAAUUGGUAUCACCCUUGCAACACUGUAGACUAUUUAUAGCCCCUUUCGGUUGGGAUUCAAAGAAAUAUGACAUCAAUAUUAAGUGGAAGGAAUGUUUACAUGUC